UCGCACACAACUCGGCUGCGGUUGGUGGCAGUCAAUAGCACACUGCACGCACGCAAAAUCUUUCAUCGCCGUCUCUCCGUCACUCACCUCCCGGCCGAAAGACUAUCGCAUUGUGGAUGUUCCUCGCCGCCGCGAGAAGAGCCAGCCCCAUCUUGCUCUCUCUAGCGGUGAAAACGUCCACAACCGCUGCGUUUUGCUCUCCAAGACUAGCCAACGCUCGAACAAACACUGCUGCUGGUGCAACACGGACAGCAUACGCUGCUUGCAGCAUCAGCAGGAACAUAUCGUUGCUUUCGAGGCCGUUGAGCUCGAUGAGUGCCUCUGGUGCUUCGGAGGGAGCCACAGCAGGGGCAGGGUCAAGGCGGUUUGUGGUGGCGGCUUGCCAGAUUCUCUGCGGCAGCGACAAGUUGGCGAACAUUGCCACUGCGGAGAGCGCUGUCAGGGACGCCGCCGCAGCGGGCGCCCAGGUUGUCGUCCUGCCAGAGUGCUGGAACGGCCCAUACGACACGGCGUCCUUCCCCGUCUACGCCGAGCCGGUGCCCGACCCUCAGGGUGAUGAAACCGCCGCAGAUAUGCCGUCGGCGGAGCAAAGCCCCUCUGCCGCCAUGCUCUGCCGCGCCGCCGCGGAGAACAAGGUGUGGCUCGUCGGGGGCUCCGUGCCGGAGGCGGGGAAAGACGGCGGGGUCUACAACACGUGUAUCGUCGUAGGACCCAGCGGGAGGAUCGUGGCCAAGCACCGCAAGGUGCACCUGUUCGACAUCGACGUGCCCGGGGGCAUCACGUUCAAAGAAUCUGACACGCUGAGUCCAGGCGACUCCAUCACCACGGUGGAGACCCCCUUCGGCACGAUUGGGGUGGGCAUCUGCUACGACAUGCGCUUUCCGGAGCUCAGCAUGGCCAUGCGGGCGGCGGGAAGCGUACUGCUGUGCUUUCCGGGGGCUUUCAACAUGACCACCGGGCCGGCACACUGGGAACUCUUGCAAAGGGCUCGUGCUCUAGACAACCAGUGCUUCGUGGUGACUGCAUCUCCCGCUCGAAACCCGGACUCCAAAUACCAAGCUUGGGGGCACAGUUCAAUCGUCGAUCCAUGGGGCACCGUUGUCGCGACAACAGAGCACGAGGAGGCUAUGUUGGUGGCGGAGGUAGACGUCGGCCGGGUGGCGGAGGUUCGAACGAGCAUCCCCGUUUCCCUCCAGAAGAGGCCCGAUUUGUACCGGCUGGAGUUGCCGUAA